ACUCUGAAGAAUAACAGUUCGAAACAUCGGAGCUGACGGAGGAACCGGACCGAUCGAAGAGAGUUAUUGUUGGGAAGUCAUUCGCUCCCGAAGUUCAGGAUGCCGAAGUACUACUGUGAUUAUUGUGACACUUUCUUGACCCAUGAUUCCCCGUCGGUACGGAAAACUCAUUGCGGCGGAAGGAAGCAUAAGGAGAACGUGCGGUUCUACUACCAGAAAUGGGUUGAGGAUCAAGCUCAGAACCUGAUCGACCAGACUACGGCGGCUUUUAAACAAGGAAAAAUGCCCCCGAGGGGUGCCAUGGUUCCUCCACCCCAAGGAGGUCCUCCGGGAUACCCACAGGGCCCGAUGAUGAUGCCCCCGCAUCCACGCAUGGCGAUGCCUGGUGCUCCUCCUAUUGGUCCCCCAGGUACUGGACCACCAGGCAUGGGACCUCCUGGAAUGGGACCCGCGGGCUUAGGACCACUAGGGAUGCCACAAGGGCAGUGGCAUAACCAGCUUUAUUUUCAUGUCCAAUGA